ACCUACUGAUAAAUUCCAAAAUAAUAAUCCACAAAAGUUUGUUCAUCUCCGCUCCCGCCAUCUUAAAUAUAACCCAAAACCCUAAUUAUUUCCCGCCCUGGGAGGAGCAAAAGCCCAAAACUAUUUUCCGGGAAAUCUUCUAUUUUCUCUGCACACAAACGGAAACAGACGCCCAUUUUCGUAUGCUUUGUUAGGGUUAGGGUUUAGGGUUGUGCGAGCGAAUCGAUCAGAAUUUGGAAGGUGAAGGGGAAUUGAAUAUGACGGAACUGAACUCGAAACACCAGACUGUCAUUCAAGCUCUGCUUUCACGCGGCCCGCUCAAGGAGGACCACUUCCACUCCCUCUUCACCGCCCUCACCGGCAAAACCCCAGGUAGUGAUCGGCAGAAGUUUGAUGAUUUUCUUCUCAAGAUAAACAAGGCACUUUCUUAUGUCCAGUUUGAGGUUAGGGGAUGCAGAAACCAAUAUGACGGUCAAGUUUAUUACGGAGUUGUCAAUAAUGUUUCCGACGAAGAAUCCAAGCUUGGAACAAAAUAUUCAGUCGCUCAGAUUGCUUUCUAUAAGGCCAUUAUAGAAGCAAUAGUGCAGGAUGCUGCAGCUCAAGGAACCAUAUCUAACAUUGAUGCUCUUAAUCUAAGAUUAGAGAAUCAGGUUCUCAUGGGUUCAAUGUCGCAAUCAGAAGGAGGUCUACCUCAUGUGCCUCCUGCACUAAAGAAUUUCUCAAUAUCUCAGAAGGAGAAAACUCUUGAUGAACUUGUACGGGACCAAUGGCUUAGCUUAACUCCAGAUAAUUAUAUUGGACUUGGUAUCAGAUCCUUCCUUGACCUGCGAAGUUGGUUACGUAAUAAUGAAGUUCCGCCAUGUGAAGUGUGCAAUGAAGCCGGGGUGAAGGCAGUGUUGUGUGAAAAAGACGGAUGUAGCGUUCGAAUUCAUCAGUAUUGUGCGAAGAAAAUGUCUCUGCAAAAGCAGGGCGGAAGAGUUUGUCCAAGUUGUGGUACUCAAUGGCAAUAUACAGUAACCAAAGCAGAAGCUGUGGAAGAAGAGCCAGAUUACCCUACCGAGAGCCAGCCACACGUUGGACCCAAGAAAAAGAGGCUGCGAAGAAAUGAAAUUGGCGAUGGAGAUGUAGCUGAAUGCGGCUCCUCUCAAGCAUCCUUACCUGGUGGUCCUACUCCGAGAAGAUCCAGUCGAAACUCAAUCCGCCUCAAGUAAUUUGGUUUCAAGUUGCGGGUACAGUGGCAUAUAUUGUAUGUUCUGCUUCGAACAAUCUUGAGUUAUCGGAAAAGGUGACGGAAGUACAAACGUAGGAUUGAUUAGACUUAAGGCAAUGCUGUAGAAAUCCGGCAUGAUAAGAGUUAGUAGGAUUGUUUCGUCUAGUGCAUUGCCCCUGGCUAAGUAACUUGCUUUCAAGGAUGACCGAGUUCAUCACAAGAUAUUCAAUCACUUUGCGUUUUGGUUUCGGAUGCUUAAUAGCGAGUAAAAUUAUGAUGAUUAUAAUUUA